CUCAUUUGCUAAGUUAUUUGAUGAUUGGAGAUGUGAUAACUUCUUUGAAUGGCACUAGAAACUACCACGUUGUCAAAUCUUGGGGGUACAAGGAUCCUAAAACAGGAAAAUACGAUGGAUUAAUUGGAGAAUUAAUAAGCGGAGAUGCAGAUUUUGGAACUCCAAUAUUUUUUGUGGAAGAGAGAAUUCCCUUAAUCGAGUUUAUAACCGUUUUGACACCGACCCAAGCCCGAUUCGUAUUUCGCGCUCCACCAUUGAGUUACGUAAGCAACUUAUAUUUGCUGCCCUUCAAUAGGGGAGUCUGGAUUGCAUGCGGUGUCCUAAUUUUAUCGAUGACAAUCGCUCUCAGCGUUUCGUCUAAUUAUGAACACGAGGUUUUAUCUUAUAAAUUUUUCAAUUCCUUGUUAGUUUCGGUUGGAGCAGUAUGUCAACAAGGACCAUCGACUGAACCAAAAAAUCCAGCCGGAAGAAUUGUUUCUCUCUUUUUGUUUGUCACUGUUAUGUUUUUAUAUACAUCUUAUACAGCCAAUAUAGUAUCAUUGUUGCAAUCACGUACAUCAAGCAUUAAGACAAUAAAAGAUCUGCUUCAUUCGCCGAUGAAAAUGGGAUCCGAUGAUACACAAUACUUUCGUUACUUUUUCAUGAAUAAUAAAGAUCCUGUGCGCAGGAAGCUUUAUGAGAAGAAAAUUGCGCCUAAAAACAAAAAAUCAAAUUGGAUGAAUGUGGAAGAAGGCAUCGCUAAAAUGCGAGAGGGGUUAUUUGCCUUUCAUGUUGAACGUUCAAAAGGUUAUAAAGUGGUGUCUGAAACAUUUUACGAAGAUGAAAAAUGCGGCUUGAUUGAAAUAGAUUAUUUGGCCUUUCUUGAUCCUUAUGUUCCUAUUCAAAAAAGAUCGCCUUAUAAAGAAAUGAUUAAAAAUAGGAUGUUAAAACUUAGAGAAAUUGGCAUACAAUCUCGUGAAACAUCAAGACAUUAUUCUAAAAAGCCUGUUUGUUCGACUAGUGGUGCCAAUUUUGUGAGCGUUGGAUUAAUCGAUUGUUAUUUUGGAGGAGUAUUGAUGUGCGGUGGUGUUGCUGUUUCAAUAUGUUUAUUUGUAAUUGAAAUGAUGAUUUCUAAGAUCUGCUCGAAAAACAUCGUGACACAGCAUCCGGUUAAUCCAGUGACUUCAAAUAAAGAUCAAGAAGAUAUAAAUGAAUUUGACACAACAGAGAAAAUAGAGUAUUUAGAUUAA